GAAGUGGGAUCCCAUCGCUGCAGUCGCUACUUCAGCUAUCUUCGGCUCUGUGAGGGCGAGCUGGACAUCAGGCUGUCAUGCUUUUAUAGACACGUUAAACAAAAGAAAACCUGCGAACAUAAAUAAGGCCUGCCGCUUUUAAGAAGCAAGCAACUGACCCACAGUUUUCCUGCUGAGGACCACAUCACUGUGACUUCACAUUUCUUUGGACCUUUUGAAACGAAUUUUCUUUGGAGGCAAACUUGAACAUAAAAUAAUAAUCAUGAGCGCCCACGAAUCUGACGUGCACACCAUCUCUCCCGAGAUGCCAGCAAUGUUUGAUGGCAUGAAGCUGGCGGCGGUGGCCACGGUGCUUUACAUCAUUGUCCGCUGCUUGAACCUCAAGAGCCCCACAGCACCCCCGGACCUCAUCUACCAGGACACUGCUGUCAACCGCUUCCUCCUCAAGUCCUGCUCUCAGUUGACCAAAGAGUACAUUCCUCCAUUACUGUGGGGUAAGAGUGGUCACCUCCAGACGGCACUGUAUGGUAAACUUGGUCGGGUGAGCUCGCCUCACCCUAGUGGAAUCAGAAAAUAUUUGCCCAUGCAGGAUGGGGCGACUGCGACCUUCGACCUCUUCGAGCCGCUGGGGGAUCAUCGGACAGGAGAUGACAUCACCAUGGUGAUAUGCCCCGGUAUCGGUAACCAUAGUGAGAAGCACUACAUCCGGACCUUUGUGGAUUAUGCACAGAAGGAUGGUUAUCGUUGUGCUGUGCUGAAUCACCUCGGAGCUCUUCCCAACAUCGAGCUUACCUCUCCACGCAUGUUCACUUAUGGAUGCACAUGGGAAUUUGCAUCCAUGGUUGGCUACAUUAAGCGGGCAUACCCUAACACCCAGCUCAUUGUUGUGGGCUUCAGUCUGGGUGGAAACAUCGUUUGUAAGUUCCUGGGGGAGAACAAGGCUAACCAGGAGCGAGUGCUGUGCUGCGUCAGCGUUUGUCAGGGGUACAGCGCGCUGAGGGCCCAGGAAACAUUCCUGCAGUGGGAUCAGUUCAGGCGCUUUUAUAACUUUCUCAUGGCCGACAACAUGAAGAAAAUCAUUCUCUCACACAGGCACAGUCUGUUUGGAGGACAUUCGCUCAAAAUGAUUGAUGCUGAUCUAAGUCGGUUGUACACAGCAACAUCUCUCAUGCAGAUUGACGACAACAUCAUGAGAAAAUUCCACGGCCACCGGUCUCUCAAAGAGUACUAUGAGAAAGAGAGUUGUGUACAUUAUAUUCACAAUGUCAAUGUGCCACUGCUGUUAGUGAACUCUGCGGAUGAUCCUCUGGUUCAUGACUCAUUGCUCACCAUCCCUCGCACGCUAGCAGCAAAGAAGCCGAAUGUGGUCUUUGCCCUGACACUUCAUGGAGGCCACCUGGGCUUCUUUGAGGGUGCAGUCCUCUUCCCCCAGCCUCUCACCUGGAUGGACAAAGUGAUCGUGGGUUACGCCAAUGCCAUUUGUCAGUGGGAGAAACAGAAGCCACCAUGCCAAAGUGACCACCUGAGUGAGGGCUCCUGCUUAAAGGAGAAAGCAUAAACCUCUGUCUCUCUCAUUUGUUCAUUAACCUUUCACUUUCUCCAACACCACUAUCCCCACACUGCACUGAGGAGACACUCUAAACUGAUAUCUCUUCUCUGCCUUCUCCUCCUGUGCGACUCACCAGUACCAACCCACCUUUCCCGGUCCUCCUUUGUAAUCACAAUCACCUUACAGUUUGUGACAAAAUGAACUAACUGCCUUCGUGCUCUUUUCCAUGUCGAGGACUCGGAGCAGGGACAUUUUGGUUCUUUACAUCUACACAGUAAUGACGCCUGGCUAAGUGAUUCUUUUUGGCCGAAAGUGGCAGACGAUGAAGUCAAGCUGUCAUUUUAAAGGAAAGCAAGAGCACCACUUUAGAGUAGUCGAGUGAGAAACAAGAGCACACAAGAAGCCUCGUAUUACAUCGAAGAAGAACUGUAAGAAGCUCACUGCUUAUCACCGCCAAGGCCAUAUAGCCUAGUCUGCUGUCUUAACAAACCUUACCGUUUUGUGUGUGCGUGCGUGCGUGC